AUGCUAUGUAAGUGCAACGACACCUCCGCUGUCGCAAGAGAAAAACCACCCAAGUCUGGAAAACAUUUCCAGAGCGGUGCUGGAGUGACUGGAGUGGAUUCUUUGAUUUGGCUUGUACCUGGUCACGGCAGUGGUUGGACAUCGCAAUUGGAUGUGCUGAAACGAGAAUUGCAACAGGUCUUGCCGGAAGCCCAGUGCAUCAUCAGCAGAGCUGGAUCUGACAGUGGCACCCAGGCAAACCAGUUGCAGCAGCAAGAUUUGGAUGCGGCCGCUUUAGCGUUGGCGGAUGAGGUUUGUGAAGUUUCUGAAACGAGUCCAGAUCAAGUGAAACAAAUCAGUUUCUUGGCGAUGGGCACAGGAGGAUUGAUUGUUCGUGCUGCUGUGCCGUGGCUCGGCGCCCACCUCCGAGAGCAGUUGAUGACCUUCGUUUCAGUGGGCACACCACAUUUGGGUCUGUGGUUUCCAGCCUUGUCAUGGCCUGAAAACCUGAAACUUUGGAGGCUCAGAUGGCCAGGUGGCCCGUUGUGGUGUGAUCAGAUCACUCACAUGGAUGGACGACGCGCAGAGGGGUCCAGACUUUAUCGACUUUGUGAGUGUGACACGUCCUUUCAAUUCUUCAAGAGAGUGAUUUUGGUCGGAAGCAAUGACGACUUCGUACCACUUUGGUCAUCAUUGGUCAAUACAUCUGAGCCGAAUCCACGUGUGGAGUUGAAUCCUGGACGGCCUCGGUCUCCAGAAGUUUCUAGAGCAAACUUGCUGGUCUUUGCAAUACCCUUCCUGUGGUUGGUACGUUUGCGAGCAUGGUUUGCCCUCUCCAUCACCAUGUUGGUGUUGAUUCUAACCUUCCUGUGGACACCCCCUUCUCGUGCCUUGAAGAAACAGGUGGCACGGGUAAAGGACACGCUGCAGGACUUCGUCGUCACCGUCCAACAUUUCCGAGCAGGUGCCGGGCCGAACUUUCACGAGUUGGCCACGAGUCUUACCCAGCACCUGCCACACGAGCGGGUGUUGAAGGUUGAACUUAGCGGCGGUUGCAAUCGUGGCUGGAGUCGUGCGGGCGGAGCGAGCGGAGCGACGGGUCUGUGGCCACAGAGCUUCAGUGAGCCUCAGACCAUCCGAGAAAAGGGCGUUCCAAGCGCUGGUGGUAGGCACCAUGGGGAUGGUGCAGGACUUCCAUAUCCACGGGAGAUGGAUGCAGUGCAAGACACGGCCUGGAUUAACACCUUUGACGAGGAAUACGACAUUGAAUCCAUCACUUCAACCACUCAUCGCAGCAUUUUUCAGCCUGGAUCCCUGAGACCCUCCCGUGUGAACCGCCUGCGAGCGCAAUCUCCUGGGGCAUCCUCGGUGGUGGGCUCUGGAGAGGAUGUGCCUGGAACGGGAUCCCCUCGCAGGCGAGCUCUAUUCCAGGGUGCAACUGGAGGACGCCCAAGGGCCGCAACUUCCAGGCACUCGCGCGAUCCGCGUCCUGUGGGAGAUCGUGCCUUCACGGCGCAAUGCGCCAAAAACGUGGUGGAGCUCUUGACUGCCAGAGGUUAUGCCAAGACCUUCUCGCAUGAAAAGCUUCUGAAGGAUCCCUCGACCAAAGAGUUUUACGACGUCUUCCGCUUCCUCAUUUCUCAGCUGGACCCUCAACUGGAAGUGGAGGGCAAGAUGGAAGAUGAGGUGCCGGCCAUCAUGCGACGUCUGAAGUAUCCUGUAGAGGUGAACCGCUCCAAAUUGCAGGCCAUCAGUGGUCCUAACACCUGGCCGCAGCUCCUGGCAGUGCUGGAUUGGCUCACCAUGCUGGUCCGAAUCAACGACGACCUGGUGGAGCCUCUGGCAGCGUGCCAGUUGGGUUUAGCCGACCUGGGGGACCCUGAUCGAGAUGCAGGUGACCACCAUGUCCUCCGAUCGCUGCAUGAGAACUACUUGAGUUUCCUCAGUGGGAAAGAUGAGUGUGGCGAUGAAGAGAGGCUUCGGAUGAUCUACACUCAGCGCAUCGAAGCUUUACAAGCUGAAAUUGACCGUUUGGGUGGCCAGCAGGAGGAGCACCGGGUCGAUGGCUGGCUGGGGCGGCUGGGGUUGAUGAUUUCAAUGUCUGCCAGGAGAUGCAGCGCAGGCACUGGGGAUGGUGAGACCACGGAGCGUUAG